AGAGAAGCUUCCAGCAGCGUUAGCUUUACCAAUGUGUAGAGUGUCGCGUUAUCGUGUCUCAGAUGAAUAUUUCAUCAGUUGAAGUAACGAUGAGUUCAGUUCAGAAUCUGAGAGAGUUGAUCAACGAGCGACUAACUGCUGCUGCUGAAGAAAUAUUCACGGAGUUUGAAAAAACCAUCGUCCAGGUCGAGGAAGAGAUCGAUCGUCAGGGCAGACUGCUGGAUAACAUCUGGAAACCACGGACCGAGUUACACACGACAGACCUCCCACAGCAACAUGUCUGUAAGGAGGAAGAGUUUCUCACUGAACAGCAGCUCUGUAACCAGGAGAGAAACUGUAGUCUGGACCAGGAGGACCCACAGCCUUUACAGAUUAAAGAGGAGCGGGAGGAACUCUGCACCAGCCUGGACGGACAGCGGCUUGUAUCAAAUCAGGAGACAUAUACCUUUAUGCUAGUUCAAUGCAAGUCCAAAUGUAAAGAAUUAUUUGCAGAAAUAUACAGAGUCUUUGAAAAAAUGAUCGUCGGAUACGAGGAAGAGCUCAGUCGUCAGCGCAGACUGCUGGACGUCACCUGGAAACCCAGAAUAACCUCACAGACAGCAGGUAUGUACACUAUAAAGUUCUUAGUCUUACUAGAGCUGAUGUCUGCUUGUAUUUGGGUUUUAAACAGACUAAAGCCUGGUGUAUGCUUGAUGCGUCCCGGAGGUCCAUGAGGCUCUGUGCGGAAAAAUUACGUCAUUUUAGCAACGACGUCCCCUUGCGCAGUCCUUUUCAAGAGAAAAAUUUCCACAUUGUGCACCUCUGAAACUUUCUAACAAUGCAGACGGAGAUGCGCGAACGAACAGGAGCUCCUUGUGGCAGAAGUUAAAAAAUACAGGCAUUUAUAUGAUUGAUGAUUCCACAGGGAUAACCGGGUGAUGAGAUGAACAAUUUGUGGUGCGAAAUUGGCUCUCAACUUUUACCAAGCACAGGGAAACUGACUCCAGAUGAGGUAAGUCUGUUGAUAAUUAUGUCAGAACAAAAAACAAACUGGAAUUUAGCCUUGUGCUACAUACAGCAUAUUUACUGGAACCUUGUCUUCUCAGCUUACAUCUCACAGAUUUGUGUUUU